CUGAACCGUUUAAGAUAAAACCGCGGAGGGCGGUGCAGCGGGGAGACGAAAGGCACUCUGCCCAUGCUCAGAGGCACCCCCGCUGCAGAGGAACAAACGCGGACUCCGGGAGAGAACGUUGGGGAGCCUGCUCGGCCACGCCCCUCUCUGGGUGGGAGGGGGAGGAGGCAGAGGCGGAAGUGAGGCCGGAAGCCGCCGUUGCUAAGGGCCGAGGGAAGCGGGCCCUUAGCAACGGGGAGAAGCUUCGCCGGGCGGCGGCAGCGGGAGGCGCCAUGGCUCGCCAGAGCCCCGAGCCCUCCAUGGGCAGGCACAGGCCGGCCUCGGAGCUGACUCAGGACAUUUCCCAUCUGCUGGCAAGUGUCUUUAAGCAGAUGUAUACUUCAGAGUUCAUAUCAGCGAACACAGUCGAAAAUAUGAUCAAAUCUCGUGGUGGAGACAAUUCCCACCAUGAGCAGUUUGUGAAAGAGUUGCAAAAGGUCCACAAGGAAUAUAAUGGCCGGCUGACGGAAGCAGACAUGCUAGAAAGGCACAUCAUCCAGGCAAGGGCCCGAGCCGCAGCGGAAGAGGAAAGGAUUGUGAACUUAUGUCAAAUGGAGGUUCCAGAGAACUACUCUCAUAUUAAAAUGCCACCAGUGAGAUCUACCUUCAGAUGGUGUGUGGAUAGCAAGCUUCUUAAAGACCAUAAUUUAAUCUGCCCUGAAGAUUAUAUCAUGGACCCAGAAAUAAUUUCCCGAGCACCUAAAGAUUCAUCGGAACCUGGCUACUUGCAAGAGAUACUUAGCUUCAAGCAGCAUAUUUCUAACAAACCGAAUUCUCCUGGAGUUGGGGAAAGCCAGCGUGUUAACAAGAUUCUGGAAAAUCUACCAGAAGUAUCAUUAUCCAGCAUUACGUUUGAGUCUUCACCUUCUGCUAUUCCGGAGAAAUUGAAGAAAACACUUUCUAAGAAGAAGGAUCGUCCCUCGCAAAAAUCAGCUUGGAAGAAUGACAUGUCCCGACCCCAAAGACAAAAAGACCGCGCUUACCUCCAGAGGCUGGAGGACCGCCACAACUUCCUGAAGAACCCCCGCUUUUUCCCGCCUAACUCUCUUUGUGGCGGCAAGUCCUUGAUCUUGCCUCAGAAGAAGGUGCAGCGAAUGAUCGCAGGAAGGAAAAGGACCACGGUGGAAAGCGACUCCCAGUCUGUGCCUGUCUUUCUAGCAAACCCACCGGCUGUUGUGUUUUCUUAUUAUGAAGUUGGGCAGGUUUAUGAGAUGACUGUAGAGUUACAGAACAUGACUUCAACGUCUCAGUGUCUUAGAAUAAUUCCUCCAGCUACCGAUGCCUUUUCCAUUGGGCUGGGACACUUUCCAGGCGAAGGAGGACUUGUCGCCCCCGGAAUGAGUUGCUACUACGUGGUCCAGUUUAUUCCAGAAUACCUGUCAGAUUACAAGGAUUACAUACUAGUAGAGUCGCAAACAACCUACCCGCUGCUGGUCCCUUUGGAAGGCCGAAGGCCACCUCCCAUCUUAACGUUGCCUCACAUUUUGGACUGCGGACCUUGCCUUGUGGGCGGAGUGAAAUUUACAGAAUUCCUGUGCAAAAAUGAAGGGUCCAGCAUUGGGAAGUUCUGCAUAAUGCCAAAGCAUAUCUGGCCACCUCCUCACUUCCGGGCCGUUGCCACUUUAGGUUACGUGGAGCAAGAGCCAUUCGGGAUCCGACCUGCCGUUUUUGAGCUAGCUCCAGGCCAGUCUACUCUAAUUGAGGUUGUGUUCAUGCCCACUGUGCCCGAAGUGGUGUCAGUGAAGUAUAUCCUCAUUUGCGACAAUUGCCAAAUCAACGACCUUACAGUGACAGGACUUGGGCAGCUGAUAGCUCUGAAGCUUUUGUCUGUUACUGGAGGAGAAAGCAGCCCUAUGCCCGGCGAGCUUGUCGAUGUGACAGCUAAACACCUUGUGCGCUUUGGUUCUUUGAAUCCCAAAUCUAAGGCAGAGAAAACUCUGGUUCUAAGAAAUCUGACCCACGUGGAUUUCCCUUUUUUCUGGCAGAUAAUGAAGCCUAAUCUGCAGGCAUCAAUGUUGGAAGGAAAAGCGGACCUGACAAAGAUAAAGUACAACUUGGAGACGGAGUCCGCUUUCUCUGUGACUCCUGCCAUGGGGGUUCUGCACCCCCAUAGUAAUCACUCCUUUACUCUCUCUUACCAUCCAGAGGAGCCAAAGUCGUAUCACAGCGUGCUUCAGAUUGUGCUGGAAGAUAUCCCAGAGCUACCUGACCCUCAAAAACGGGAGCAGUACGAAAUCGGAGAAAGGCAUCAAGAAGACGUGAUUGCUUUGGAAAUAGACGUCAAAGGCGAUACAGAACCCUUCCAGAUCCUUUUGGAGCCCUAUGCCAUGAUCAUCCCAGGAGAAAACUACAUUGGUGUAAAUGUUAGGAGAACAUUUAGCAUGUACAAUAACAGCAAAUCGUCCGUCAGGUUUACAUGGGAGAAAAUAAGUGAUUGCGACAUAGUUGAAGUUGAACCUUAUUCUGGAAAAUUAGGGGUAAAUGAAUUCCAAGAGUUUGAGUUCACCAUUACCGGAGGGAAACCUGGGCAUUCCUGCCAUGAUCUGCGGUGCAAAAUCACUCACUCCAAAGAGCCCGUGGUAUUGCACGUGGAAGCCGACUUUAAGGGACCUGUUCUUUCCAUUGACGUCCCAUCCUUUGACCUGGGCCUGCUUAAACUGGGAGAAAAAGUGCGGUUCACGUUUCAGAUAGAAAAUCUAAGUCAGCUGCCAGGGAAGUGGAAAAUUCAGGAAAGCCCUGCUUGCUUAGCGGAAAGAAAUGAAGAGACCUCUCCGUUCAAAUUUCAGCCACGUAGUGGAGAAUUGUAUCCUCUCGGCAAGUGCAAGGUCUCUGUUUUGUUUACAUCAUACAUGUGUCAACGUCUUAAGACCGUGUUAGAGAUGGAGGUGGAAAAUGGAGUUGGAAGUCACAUCCUUGUUUUUGUGGAAGUCCAGACUCCCCACGUCUGCCUGCUGUCGAGUCAUUUGCAUUUUGACCUCUCGGUUGGAAUCCCCGCGGAAGCAACCGUUCAUCUUUUUAACCAGACGCUGCUCCCGUCGCGCUUCCAGUGGGGCGAGCUCCUUGGAAGCCAAGCUUCUUCCUGCGAGCUCAGCAUCUCUCCGGAAAGUGGCACUUUGGGUCCCAACGAAACGAAGGAAUUGCGUGUGGUGAUAACUACGAAUGUUAAGGAGAAACUGAGUGACCUUGCCCUGUGCUGUAGCAUCGAAGACAUGUUGGACCCCCUAUUUUUGGCAAUUUCUGGUGAAGUUAAGGGGCUCAGAAUCACCUACUCCAUACCUUCUGACAGUGUUGAGGAGCAAAAUUCGGAAUCUUCUCAAGAUCUGAUGCUAGACUUCGGCUCGGAAGUGGCAUUGAAAAGUGUGAUAAAACACCAGCUAAUAAUUACCAAUCACUCUGAGUUAGCUGCUCUGUUCUCAGUAGGGGUUGAGUAUUUCAGCCAACCAGGUCCACUUCCCUCAGAUGAACAGGGGCAAGAUGGCUCCUCCAAAGCUGUCGUGGAAACCACAAGGCGAAUAACGAGGCAGGCUGCAAAGAGGAAACAAUCAGCCUUCAGAGCUGCCAUGCUAUCUCACGGAAAGGGAGCGACUUUCCACGUACACCCCUCUGAGGGGAUCCUGAAGGCCUUCGAGGAGCUUGUGGUCAAUAUAACAGCUUAUAACAACAUGUGGGGGCAAUAUGAGGACACCCUCAUCUGUAAGGUGGGGGAAUCGGAGCCGAUGUUGAUCCCCAUCCGAAUGACUGUGAAAGGCUGCCCAAUCUUCUUGCAGAUGACAGGACCCAGCCAUCCCAUGCCAACGCCCGUAAUCAGGUUUGGGGCCCACAUCUCCGGAGGGGAUACAGUCUCGCGGUACGUCCGGCUCAACAACCCCACCCCCUUUGACAUUCGAAUGGACUGGGAAAGCUAUAACCAGGAUAAAGAUGACGACAAGCUGGUGGACCUCUUGGUCUUCUACGGAGCUCCUUUUCCUGUUAGAGACCUUGACGGCAAUGAGAUUGAAGUCCUCUGGGAGACUGAAACACCCCCAGAGAAAGUGCCUUACGCUGCAGGAUCUCUCAAGGAGAACCCGAUGGAAAUCUGCAAUGAAAGGGCACAGAUUUUCCAACAUUUCACACGUCCAAGCUGCUGUGACGAGGGAACUGAACGCAGUACAAAAAGAAGACUUCUCCAGAAGCUUCCAGCAGUUCUACAAACGUUGUCAAUGAGUCUAGAUGCAAUUUUGGAGGACGACGAAGGAGGAGGAGGAGGAGGAAGCAGCAGCAGCAGCGAUGAUUACUCUUGGCAACCGACCGUCCUCAAGAAAAUAAUCUCGGUGGUCAUCCGGCCCCACGAGGGGGUGCCCUCCGACUACCCUUUCUGCAUCACUCCCAAGCAAGUGGUGGUCCCCGCAGGUGGUGCUGCUGCCAUCCACAUUUCCUUCACUCCGCUGAUGCUGCCAGAGAUCAUCAAUAAGUUUGAAUGCGAAGGUUUUGCCCUUGGCUUCAUGAGCCUGGAUAGCAGGAUGGUUCAGAACGUCCCUGGGAAAGUGACUCGUGAAGAUGGCUAUGCCGUUGCGCCUCUGCGGAUUGACCUGCAAGCGUUUGUCAAGCCGGCUUUGCUAACUGCUGAGAUGGAUCAUGAGAGCGGAUUGGUGUUUCACGCUCUGGCCAGCGCCCUUAUCCCAGACGAGCCCCUCAUGGGCGUACUGACACAGUCAGCCACAACCCUUAACCUGAAGCUCACCAACAACACAGAGACUCCUCUGUCCUUCAAGCUGGUUUUGACGACGCCCUUCUCCGUGUCUGGCGUAGACCCCAAGAAGAACCUGAAGAUACCCCACAGUGACAGUGAAAAUGGGGAGCAGCACCUUUUACUCUAUCCUCUGGAAAAUAUGUUGGUAAAGGUGUCAUUCCACACAUCCCUGGAGUUACUAACCUACCAACAUCUCCCGGAAGACCAGUUCCUGCCUGGGCUUCAAGUGCUACAGCUUGAAAACGGAGACAAAAUACUAGAAUUUAAGCAAAAUCUCAUCAUUGAAUACAGUAACAAAGCAACCCAGGCAUUGCCCAUGGCUGCAUACCUCACUGUCCCAGUACUUGGGCUCUCUUGUGACACGAUUGAUUUUGAAAUCUGCCUUGUUAAUCAAACGAGGUCGGAAGCUGUCCUUGUGAUGAAUACAAGUGGAUGCAGGAGCUACUGGACAGCUUUGCUAGAUAAAAAUGAGCGGCACAAAGAACCUGAAGUGUUUUCCAUCUCCCCAAAUAACGGCGUUCUUGAAGCACAUCAAAGUAGCGUGCCUACCAAAACACUUCUGGUGGUUCGCUUCACCCCAAGGGAGGACGUGGAAUAUCAAACCAUAAUCACAGUUGUUGGGAUGCUGGGAGAGGCACCCUGCCUGCUCUACAUCCGGGGGAAAGGAUCUUACGAUGAGAAGUAUGAAGAAAUGCGCAAAACGUAAAGCGCCCAACCAAUUUCCCAGCAGGUGCAGCUAAAGCUGCUGCCGCAGGUGGCUGUAAGUAGGUUUACCUGAUUUUUGGUGAUGUAUAGUAGAAAAUAAAAGGCCGUUAUUUCUGUUGA